GGAUGAUAUUAACUUGAUGAAGGAGAUGAAGCUGAAUCAUUAUCGAUUCUCUGUUUCCUGGCCGAGGAUUCUACCCAGUGGAAUAAGAAGUGAGCACAUCAAUGAGAAAGGAAUUAGAUAUUAUAACGACCUGAUCGACAUGCUGCUGGAUAAUAAGAUCACACCUGUGGUCACUCUGUAUCACUGGGAUUUACCUCAGGUGCUGCAGGAGAAAUAUGGCGGCUGGCAGAACGGGAGCAUGGUCGGUUACUUUAACGACUACGCCAAUCUGUGUUUCGAAAGGUUUGGAAACCGCGUCAAGCACUGGAUCACCUUCAACAACCCCUGGUCAAUUUCUGUAGAAGGAUACGAAACGGGAGAGCAUGCUCCAGGAAUGAAGCUAAGGGGAAGUGGGGCUUACAAAGCAGCCCAUAACAUCAUCAAGGCCCACGCUAAGGUCUGGCACACGUAUGACAUGAAGUGGAGAAGCAAACAAAAAGGUCUGAUUGGGAUCUCCCUGACUGCUGACUGGGGAGAACCAGUGGAUGUGUCCAACCAAAGGGACAUUGAAGCUGCAGAAAGGUACAUUCACUUCUACCUGGGCUGGUUCGCCACACCGCUCUUCCAUGGAGACUACCCACAAGUCAUGAAGGAAUACAUUGGCAGAAAAAGUGGUCAGCAAGGUCUGGGAGCGUCGCGGCUGCCUGUUUUCUCACCUCAGGAGAAGAGUUACAUCCGAGGAACUGUGGACUUUCUGGGCCUUGGACAUUACACCACCCGCUACAUCACCCAGAAGAACUACCCGUCGAGCUUUGGGGACAGUUAUUUUGCAGAUCGAGACCUUGCAGAGCUGGUGGACCCACAGUGGCCUGACCCUGGUUCUGAGUGGCUCUACUCGGUUCCCUGGGGGUUCCGACGCACAUUAAACUUUAUAAAGAGCCAGUAUGGAAACCCGAUGAUCUACGUGACGGAGAACGGUGUCUCGGAGAAAAUGCUCUGCACCGACCUGUGUGAUGAGUGGAGAAUGCAGUACUUCAGAGAAUACAUCAACGAAAUGCUGAAAGCCGUAAAGGACGGUGUGAACGUGAAGGGAUACACCGCCUGGUCUCUCCUGGACAGCUUCGAGUGGGAUGAAGGCUUCUCAGAACGGUUCGGCCUCUACUUUGUGGACUUCAGGAACAAAAACAAACCACGUUACCCAAAGGCUUCAGUCCAGUUCUAUAAGCGCCUCGUCAGCUCCAACGGCUUUCCCAACCAGAGAGAGGUGGAGAGCUGGAAGAGGAAAGCUGUGGAGACCUGCUCCUCCAGUAACCAGCUGCUGGCUGCAGAUCCACUGAUCGGCCACAUGGAGAUGGUGACAGAGAUCGUUGUUCCCACUGUGUGCACACUCUGCAUCCUCCUCAGUGCGGUUUUCUUUAUGUUUCUGCUGCGGCGGCGCCUCUGAGAGACCAACCCUCACCGCGUCUGAUGCCACGGCAGCAGAGCUCAGAUGCCCUGAAGCUGGAGGAACCAAUCAGAGCAGCUUCGUUCCUCCUGUUUUUGCUUUAAAUGUCCUGCUGUUCUCUUUACCUUUGGAUUGUUAAUAAACUUU